GAUCACAGUAACCGAUCUUUGUUUUACUCUUAGUCAUUUCAUAAUGAGUUGUUAUUCUCUGAAACUAUUUUAUGCACUUUUGCUGCUUUUAUUGCAUGCUGCUGGAUCCAUUCUUGGAUUCAACAGCCUUCCCAAUAGCGCAGAAAUUAAGUGCAUUGAGACUGAGAGACAAGCACUCCUAAACUUCAAACAUGGCCUCAAAGAUGACUCUGGCAUGCUGUCUACAUGGAGGGACGAUGGCAAUAACGGAGACUGUUGCAAAUGGAAAGGCAUUCAAUGCAACAAUCAAACUGGUCAUGUUGAGAUGCUUCAUCUCCGUGGUCAUGGUAGACAAUAUUUGAGUGGUGCAAUCAAUAUCUCUUCAUUGAUUGCCCUUGAAAAUAUUGAACACUUGGAUCUCAGCUAUAAUGAUUUUGAAGUGAGUCAUAUCCCAGAACUCAUGGGCUCGUUCACCAACUUAAGAUAUCUCAAUCUCUCUGAUUGUUAUUUUAUUGGGAUUAUUCCUUCUGAUAUUGGAAAGCUUACACAUUUACUGUCUCUUGAUCUAGGUGGCAAUAGCUAUCUCCAUGGACAAAUCCCUUAUCAACUUGGAAACCUUACACAUUUACAAUAUCUUGAUCUAAGUUAUAAUGAUCUCGAUGGGGAACUCCCUUAUCAACUUGUAAAUCACUCACAGUUGAGCCUUAAUCUUCAGGAGCUUUAUCUUGGUCAUAAUAACAUUGUUUUGUCAUCUCCUCUCUGCCCUCUCUUGUGA